UAAAAUCACUCCGAGCGCGAGCGGGAAUCUUAAAGCGUUUCUGAAAGGGCUUCAGGGGUCUUCGUCUCCGUCCUCUGCGACCGAGCUCUAAACCCUCGUCUCCAUUCGCGAAAAUGGCGACGAGAGAAGCCGCGGAAGCGGAGGACGUGAAUAGCCUCCUCAAUGGCGCCGCCCCUUCCCUUCCUCCUCCGCACGUCGUUCACGACUUGUUAUCGGCUGGGGUUUGUGUUCAAUGCAUCUUUCGUAUUUUUGGGGUUUCUGGUUGUGCCCACUUGUGUUCGUCUAUUACAACGUCAAUGCUGCAUACAUUUCUUGAAGAGCAGAGUACUGACCCGAAUGGUUCUGCUAGAAAUGGAUGGUGUUCAUGUGCUUCUACGGACUUAGAAAAAGAUGAGACAUAUUGCAGUAUCUGUUUGGGGGUAUUACAGCUUGCUUGCUUUCAAGAUCAAGAAACAAGGGUGAUACCUAAGGAGGCAAGAUCUAUUGAUGCUUUCAUCUCAAUAUUGGCUGAAACAGUAAAGCAAGAAAGUUUUCAAAUUGAUGGUUUUUCUUUGGAAGUUUCACUACCGCCAGUCAUAGCUGCUAAUGAGCGUGCCAUUUGGUUGUAUAUGAAAAGAAAAUACGAGAGCGAAGAGUGGUUCAAAGACAAGUUCUCUGGACAAAUGUCUAUUAAGGAAGCCUUGAGAGUUUUACUAAGUACGCCACUUGAGAACCACAUGAAUGUUAAAUCUGGUGUCCACUCAUUCCGUGUUCGCUUGACAUAUACACAUUCUGAGGCAUUAAGGAAGCUUCAGGAUAGAUUGCCAAAUAAUAGGAGAAGAGAUUUAGUAACAGUAAAUAAUGGAAACAAUCUUGCUGAUUCACAUGAGAGAACUGUCAGAAAUGGUGAUAACCAUUCGCAGAGUGAAUCUGAUUCAGUCAUCAACAGAACCCUUGAUAGCAUGUCAGACCAUGCCUUUUGUGAAUUAUUUCAGUUACCACCAGCAAAGGCCUUCAAACCGUGUCAGCUUACUAUUACUUGCUGCAGAGUGCCCAUUUACAUUGGUGGUAGGUAUUUGAAGUUCUCUAGAAAGGUGAGCCAGUCACGUUGGAUCAUCGAUGAUGAAAGAAUGGGUGAAGCAUCUGUUGAAGAGUUAGUUGGGGAAAAAGUCUGUCUCAUUUGUAGAGGUGACGACUACAAGUUUCAUGCUGCAGGAAGAGAAGAUAUUGAUGUUAGGAUGCUGGGAUCUGGUCGCCCUUUUCUGGUUGAAGUUUCAAAUUCACGAUCUGUGCCUUCUGUCGUUGGCGUUCAACAAAUUACAGAAGAGAUUAACAACUCUGAACAGAAAUAUGUUAGGGUUAGAAAUCUUAAGUUGGUUGAUAGUGAAGCAUGGGCUUUGAUGCGUGAAGGAGAGGCAGAGAAACAGAAGCAGUAUGCCGCUCUUGUAUGGAUAUCUCGUCCAUUGAUGGAGGAUGACUUGAAGAAUAUUUCUUCUAUAAAAGAAAUGGAAAUCCUGCAAAGAACCCCAAUCAGGGUUCUUCAUCGUCGAAGCCCAUUGGAGCGAAAGCGAGUCAUACAUUGGAUGAUGGUUGAGAACAUUACUGGAAGCUGCCAGUAUUUUCUAUUGCAUCUCUGCACCCAGGCUGGGACAUAUAUCAAAGAAUUUGUGCAUGGGGAUCUUGGAAGGACCCAUCCAAGCUUGGGGUCCAUACUAGGCUGCAGAGCAGAGAUAUUGCAGCUUGAUGUUACAGAUGUAAAGAUGGAUUGCUUCGACUGAGUGCCUCCUGCGUAAUCUGAGAUCCUUUCUCAUCCAGGCGACUUCUUGUUUUCCUUUUUUUUCCUUUAAAACAAAGAGAGUAUAGACGCCAUGGAGAAUGCGAUGAUACUAUCAAAAGAAACUGGUUACAGGUUAAUUCCAUGACUCUUGCUUUCGCCAAA